AUGGGGGACAGAGGCACCCCGACACAUGCGCGCGCGAGAGAUGCCAAGGGGGAAAUGAAGGCUAUUAAAAUGGCGCCGCGGCCUCCGAGGGGCCGCUGCCGUGGGAGCGCGGACCCCGGGGUGGAGAAAUCCGGGCGGCUCUCCGGCCCCGCGCCGCGCCGCCCGGGCCCCGGAGGGCGCGCAGACCCCGCCGGGGCCGCCCCCUCCCCGCCUCCCCGGGCCCCGGGCGCGCGGGCCGGCACACCCCGGCCGGCUGGGCCCGCCCCGUGGCACGUUCGGGCCGGGCGAGCGCGGCGCGCCGGAUUAGCCCGGAGCCCGCGGACCCGAGGGCGCGGGGCGGGCGCGUUUGGGGGUCGUCGCGGCUGGGCCCUGGGAGGCCUCCGGGCCUCGCUCCCUCCGCGCUCUGGUCCCAUUUCCCGGGAGGUCAGGCCGCGGCCGCGGAGAGCUCCCCGGCCGGCGGGCAGCAGGCCUCCUCCGGCCGCGCCGCAGCCUGACUUUCGGCGGCGCCCGCUGCUGCCAGCUUCCCAUUCGCCGGGGCAGAGGCCCGCCGGCUCCUACAGUCGUUCGGGGCUGGGAGUUCGUGGACCGCGCGUCCCUCCCCGGCUCCCCGUUCUGUUGGCGCGGGCACCGGCGCCCGCAGCCCGCUCCGACGGCGUCCCAGGGCGCACUGAGGGCACCCGCGCGGUGCGCGUCGGCAGCCUCGGGCGCCACGGCCGCCCCCCGCGCACUGGACCGCCAGCCCUCCUCUCGCACGCUAAUCGCCCCGCGGGGAAGCUGAGGUACAGGCCCUAUGAUCACGGGGAAGCAGCCACUGGCUCUGCCCCGAGUGUGGGUGCUGGCGGCAAAGCGCCUGAGGUGGUGGGGCCAGGCCCUGGCCACGGUGCUGAGAGCUGCCUUCCAGACCCCUCUCUCCACAGCUUCAUCCGUCCCCAAACUUCCCUGUAUCUCCCCAAACCCAAGCUCAGCAGCUACCAGGAGAAAUCAGAGUGCACCCCUCACCCCGCCGGGCGGCGACGGGAAGCCCCGCGCCGCGGGUGCUGCCCAAGGGGGCCGAGCAGGGACGCCCCAGCCCCCUCUCCCAGUCCAGACCAGCUCCCUGACGCCGCCCUAGCCGAGGCUACCGCCCUCGCGCCCUGGCCCCCGCUCCCCAGCCUCCCUGAGACACAGCAGGCAGCGGCACUUACGGACCGGGAAGGGGGCCGGGGGCCCGCGAGGCAGCGGCGGGGGUGGGGCGGCUGCGGGGACAGCGGCUCCGCGGCCCCUGAUGAGGCGCGGUCGCGGGCCCAGGCCCGGCUCCGGCCGCUCUCCAGGCGCCCCUGCCUCGGCGGGCGCACGGCCGAGAGCCGCGGGAGGCGGGCACGGAAGCGGCGGUGCGGGGGCUCCCGGCGGCGCGCGGCUUCUCGGGGCUCUGAGCGGCUCCCAGCGCCGCCUUCUCGGGCGGGCACGGCCCGCAGUGACGUCAGCGCGGCUCCCCCCGCCCCCCUCCCCUCACUCCGACCACUUCACCCGGGGAGUCGCGGCGCCAUUCAAGCCUUCGCCGCCCCCCACCCCCACCCCCGCGCACUGCCAGGCUCGUCCAGAGCCACCGACAACCUGGGAGGUGGCGGCGAGCCGCGGCGGCCCAUUGAGGCGCCCGCCAAACCGGGCGCCGGCGGCCCCCCUCCCGUCCUCUCCACUCCCGCCCUCAGCUGCCUUUUUUGGAUGCCGCAGCAGAGUCACAGGAUGCUGGUCCACAAGCGCCGCUCUGCGCGCUGUCCAACAGCGCCCUCUGGCGGCCGUUCCCGGGAGAUGCAGGCGCACAGGACGCAGGCCGAGGCCGUGUGGAAUGAACUCCUCCCCGGCGCUUACCUGAAGGCUUGGGGCUCCCACCUCCGCAGCGGGAUCAUCUCUGCCAGUCCAGUCAUGGUGUUCCGCUUUCAAUCUGCUCCCGCGGGACGGAGCGGGACGCAGACGGGAAGUUGCUGCUGCCAGCGAGGCGGCCUGGUCGGUGGAGGCCACACGCCACCCCGAGGCUGCGUAGGCCGCGCGGAAGGAGACGCCACUCCGUCGGCCUGCGGUCCGCAGCCGCGGCCCGGGAAGCACCGGACGGACCGAGGUUUCCGGCGGGUUCGGCCCGGGGGAGGCCGGGUCGCUGAGCGGCGGCGCAGCCCCUCCCUCUCCAGUCAGGGAGCGGGGCCCGGAGCUGGGCGGAGGCUCGUCCCAGGGCGCACCGCGGCGCCGCCGGGCACGGGCACGGGCGGGCGGCCAGGCGCACGGGGCCGCCGUUCCCCGCAGGGCGCCCUCGGCGGGCCGGGCCGGAGCCCGGGCGUGGGUGGGGGCCCCGGGGGACGGCGGCGCGCCCUGCGGGUUCGAAUCCUGGGGCUGGCACCUGGCGGCGCUAGCCCCUCGGGCCGCGGCAGUCGCGGUAAUGUCAGCCACCGUUUGCCGAGCGAGCGUGGUGCCGAGGGCCGCGCCUCGCGCCUUGCUCGCCCUUUGUGUCACCCAAACAGCGGUCCCGUGUGA